UUGACCAAAGAAAAGAGAAGAGAGAAUGGGAGGAGUUCUAUCGGCUGUGUUUGGAAGUGGAGAAGAUGCAGGGGCUGAAUCUGAGCCAAGUCGCCUCCUCAAGUUUAGCUCUUCAGCUCGGUGGCAACUUCAUUACAACGAGAUCAAAGAAUCGAACAAAUUGAUGGUGGUUGAUUUCUCGGCGUCAUGGUGUGGACCAUGUAGGAUGAUUGAGCCUACGAUUCAUGCCAUGGCUGAUAAGUUCACUGAUGUUGAUUUCGUCAAUUUAGAUGUUGAUGAGCUUCCUGAUGUGGCUAAAGAGUUUAAUGUGACGGGAAUGCCAACCUUUGUGCUGAUCCAAAAGGGUAAAGAGGUUGAAAGGAUCAUUGGAGCCAAAAAGGACGAACUUGAGAGCAAAGUUAGCAAACUCAGGGCAUAGUGAGCAUUAUUUUAAAACCUUCACCAACAACCCAUAUCUGUAAACUCUAUAAUAAAUGGUAUGUUGUUGGGAGCGGCUUUGUACUAUACUCUGUUGUUUCUGCUGUGUCUUCAAGACUAUAAGACCUUUUGUGUGAUUCAACAAUUGAUUUGAAAUGA